AGUUAUCGAACCGCCAGCAUUGUCCAUCAGUGAUUAUCUGCUCUCUCUGUAAUUGCCUAAAGAGGCUGAUCUUGUGUCACAAUGGCGGAAAAGCCACCAGAACAGCCAAGCAAAUUGACUUCCCCUUCAGCUCCGAGUUGGAGGUAUGAUGCAAAAAAUGGGAAACCUAUGGAUGAAGAGGCCUCGGAACUGCCGGGCCUGAACUACAGAAUCCGUUUCGGCAGACGAAACAGCCCGCCGCGUUGGUUAAUAGUGCCAGCACCGUCAAUGGAAUUUCACGAGGAGGCGAUUUCCCCUGACGAAAAAGGUCUCGAGGAGAGACGUGUUGAUUCGAUGAUGCCCGUCUCCAGUGGCGCAGAAGUCCUUUGUUGGAGUUUCGAUCCUCCUCCGCAUGAGCAAGAUAACCAAGCUUUGUACAGGUAUGCCUAUGACGCGCUCCGUGAGGCAUUAGGCAAUCCCAGAUUCAGGGAAGAAGCCAGAGAUUAUAUCCGGCAGCGAUUCCCAAAUCCUGUUGUGGAAGAAAAAGAGGAUCCUCUUCCACGACUUCCAAUGCCUCCCAAUCCUCGACCGCCUUUGAAGAGACAGGAAGCCAUUCCGGAGACUGGCAGUCCGCAAUAUAAUUGGUACAAUCGCCCCAUGCUGAUUUCAAAGCCGGGAUCGGCCGCAUCAGCGCGCAAUUAUCUCCCCGGCGAAACGCCUCCUUCAGCGCCGGAGGACGCAGUGACCUCCUCCAUAA